AAAUUUGGCCUGGAAGUACCUUCAAUGGCUUUGAAAAAUUUUGAAGCGUUACAGUCGUUAAGUGCAGAUUUGGAUAGAUCAUUGAAUGUAACCGAUUUGAGAUUCAUUGAAUUAUGUACACAUUGGUGGAAAAGUCUAACCAAAAAUUUAGUUUGGUGUUUUGGUCUCGUUUGUGUUACAUUAAUCAGUUUAUGUGCUGCCGUCGGGAUAUUGUUUAUACGAGGUCUUAGUAAGAAAAGUUACAACAGAUUUAUAACGAUUUUUGCUGCUGUUGGUGUUGGAUCUCUUAUUAGUUCUUCUACAUUGCAUUUAGUACCACAGGGAUUGGAAAUUGUCGAUGGCAAAAAUUUUGAUUUCAUAACCAUUCAAAUGUUUGUAAUUGUUGGAAUAUAUACAUUCUUUUUCUGUGAUAAAUUCUUAAAGAUUAGUCUUGAAUCUAAAAAGGUUACUCGUCAUUUUUUUAUCAAUAUAUGUUUUUUGUGUCAUUCAUCUAAUGAUAAAUUAUCCCAGUUAAAAAAAUUUCAGUUGAUUGAUGCCGGUAUCUCUGAAUCAGGCCCAACUGAAGUGAACCCUGGUGUUAUUUCGCUUCGAUCAUCUGAUACGUUAGUGCCUCUUGAUAAUACCAUUCAUCAAUAUCGCGAUAGAACAGAAUCUUUAAAAAGUCGAAAUGGAAUUGAAAUUAUGGAAAAUAUCGACAUGUCUCGUCAAGCACAUGGUAUUUGUGUUCAUGACCAUGAAAUAGUUUUUAAUCACAAAAAAGACUCGGCAAUUAAGACAGUUGCAUGGAUGAUUAUAUUUGGUGAUGGUCUUCAUAAUUUUAUUGAUGGUGUAAGCAUUGGCGCAGCAUUCAAUGAAUCUUUAAUUAGUGGCUUCAGUGUAAGUGUGGCUGUUUUUGCCGAAGAAUUUCCGCAUGAACUUGGCGAUGUUGCGAUUUUACUUAGUGCUGGUAUGAGUUUGAAACAAACAUUAUUCUAUAAUUUGUUAAGUACAGUAACAUGUUUCAUCGGUUUUGUUAUCGGUGUUAUGCUUGGUUCGAUUGAAACAUUUCUUCGUUAUGUAUUUGGCUUCUCGGGUGGAAUGUUUCUUUACAUUGCUCUAUCUUGCAUGAUGCCAGAAAUGAAGCAAACAAUGGAAGAGGCAUUGAGAAUUGGUCAUCAAGAAGCUCUUUCUGUUCUAUUAUUACAAACAUUAGGACUUACAGGAGGCACACUUUCAAUGUUUUUCUUUGCGAGAUAUGGUCAUCUGAUCGAGAUUACUGGUUUACUGCCAUAA